AUGAAGAUCCUCGACAGGCAAUCCGCAAUCCUAACAAAUGUUGAGGUGCUGGCGCAUUUCAGAUUGAACCCUCCACGGAAACCUCCCAACCCGCCGCCCAACUCGAGGAAUUUUAUACCCAAGCCAGAUUUGCGGGAUCAUAAUACGGUUGUUAAGGAGUUCCAUGACUACGUAACACGCCUCUCGCCGCACCUGCUUAAGUACCCUAGCUUUACAGCUCCAAAUGCUUCAAUUGAAAGUGAUGAUACCAGUGCCUGUGGAACCGAUGCUACACAAACACAGUCCACAGACCUCGACAUCGCCCUACGCGAAGUGAUCCACCAACUACGGCCGUUCCAGCUCACGAAGGCAGAGGUGCUCAUGAUUGUGAAUUUGGGUAUUGGGCUUGAUUCACUCGCUGGUGGAGAGGAAGGGGGAGAAGAUGGUGGUGGUGGUGAAGGGGCGGGAGAGAGUAUGGAGGUUGAUGGGGCGGAGGGUGGAGAGGUAGAAGGUGGAGAAGAAGGUAUCGAUGAGGAGGCAGAUUAUGGUGCUCUUGCGCUGUUGGAUACUGUUAUUGAGGAUCGGGAGGAGAGGUUGAGUACGGAAGAUGUUAGGGAGAUAUUGAGAGUUGUUAGGGAGACAUUGGGGAAGGGUAGGAGGAGGGGUAGUUCUGUUGCUGGUGGCGGGGGAUGA